AUGUGGGCCUCUCACUGUUGUGGCCUCUUCCGUUGCGGAGCACAGGCUCCAGACACGCAGGCUCAGCGGCCAUGGCUCACGGGCCCAGCCGCUCUGUGGCAUGUGGGAUCUUCCUGGACCAGGGCACGAACCUGUGUCCCCCGCAUUGGCAGGCAGACUCUCAACCACUGCGCCACCAGGGAAGCCCCCAGCCUGAUUUUUGUUGGGUGUUGAGCUGGGUGGAAUGAUCUCCCAAGGGGGUGCUGUGGGGAGGGCUCCAUGCUGGCUGUGAAGAGUUCUGCUCCAAGUUUAUUUGUUGACCAGCUAACGACUGCGAGUCCUUGGGUGCUGCGGCUUGGCUGGAGGUGUGGCCCCCGCUUUCCAGGGGUUCCCUGUACCCACCAGUUUUCUCAGCCUCAGGAUCUCCUGCUUGUACCUGCUCAGAGAAACUAGGCAUAGUCACCACCUGGCUGUGGACAAGCCCUGCUGCUAGUGCCUGGGACUGAGGUCCUUGGGUCUUACCCAGCCCACCUCUAGAGCCCACCUGCCCAGGUGCUGGUCCACAUACUCUUGUAGCUCAGAAAGUUGCUCCUCAGCCAUCGUGGCUCGGACUAGCAGCUGUGCUCUCUCCCUUUCCAGCUCUGCCUGGAAUGAGGGAACAUAAGCCAUGAGCCUGGGCACAGUGUGAGGAAGGGCCUCUGGCCAGGUUUUGCCCACUACCUGGGUGCCACGGGAGAAGUCCUGUAGCUUCUGGCGGAUCUGGGCCCAGGAUGCAGCUUCCAGGCCCCUGUGAGGGGAGGAGGAGGGGUGGGCGUGAAAGCUGGCAUGGACCCAGGUUUUGACCAACGACCCUGCUCAAGUCAGGGCCCCUAGGUCCUUAAGGUGCCUGCUGGGAGCGAGUUUGGGACAGUAUAGGGCUGCCUUUCCACUGUGGGCUCUGUGAGGCUUGGAGCCAUCUGUGCAUGGGGGCAGCCACUGGCCACUCAGGGAAAGCUAAGCCACAAGGCCAGCUGGGACAGUGACACCAGUGUCUGUAAGAUGCUUAUGGGGGGCCUCCCCCCAUGCUGGGGGGUUUCCCAAAACCCCAGGCAGGUGACUUGUCCUAGCUUCUGCCCACUGCACAGUUGAGAACAUGAAGGUGCAGAGGCAAAGGCUGUGAAGGUCACCAGGUAGCCUGCUCCUGCCUUGUCCUGGGGUCAAGACUUCUAUCGUCCAUGCCACUACAGGUCUUCAGCUAUGGGUCCUCCGAGUCUCAGCUGAAGUGUCCUUUCUUCGGGGUCUCUCCCUGACCCUCCCAUUCAAGGGUAGCCCCCUCCCAUCCAGGAGGGUAGUCCCUCCUCUCUCCAGGCAGUUGGUUUUUGUGCGAUUAUUAGUGUCUCAUAAGCAGACCGAGACUGGAGAAUACAGAUGGGCCACCUUGUCCACUGCAGCAACCAAAACCCCUCUAAGCAGUUAGUUCACAGAAUGAAUGAAUGGGUCUCCCCAGCACCCACACCAGGUACUCACUGUGGCUCUAAUAGGCCCCCCUGAGAGGCUUCAUUGGGUUCUUUCUGUAGGAACAAGAACAGCGAUUGCUGAAUGAGGCAGGCUGCUCAGAGGCCCUGGGCUUGGGGCUUUGCUGAGCCUGGGAUGGGUCCUGGGGCGAGUUGUGGGGCAGCAGGGAGGGGUCACCUGGGCCUGGAGCUUCUGGAGCUGCUUCUCCAGCCUAGCCUGGUCCUCCCUCAGGUGGCCGAAUUUGGUGACCAUGUGCAGGGGCGGCGGCUCCAUGUCUGAGGUGGCUGCACCAGAGGUAGCCUUGGGGAUCCUGGGUGCCCCGUUGGGCUCCACCAGCACCUGUUGCACACUAAACCCCGCACCAGGUCACCUAGGGCUAUCCCACCCCAGGUGCCCAGCUCAGGGAGGGGCCCACCUGUGGGCAGCCAGCAGCUCCUCGUGCCUCUGACUCAGAUCUGCCAGGCGCUUGCGGUAGGUGCGAGCAGCCCGGGCCAGCUGUUGCUCACGGCUGUGAUGUGCCCCCCGAAUGUCCUCCAGAGUGGUUUCCAGGAAUGUCCGAAGGGCUGUGGAUGCAGGCUUUGGGCCUGCACCAUCUGCAUACUCCUGGAGGAGAUAGGGCUGGGCUGGGGCGGGUCCACACCUUGCCCCCCCAAUUUCCUCCAUGGAGCUGGUCUGACGACAGUGUGCUGUGUGGGCCUGAAGUCUCCCACAAGGUCAGAGUCUCUCUGAAGUGGUCUAGCACACCCAGGCCAGACUCGGGCUCCCCAGGAUCCAGAGGCCUCCCACUCAACACAGGGCCAGCCGGCCCAGUGCUCACAGCCACGGCUCGGGCGCAGUGCUGCAGUCGGAUGGCAUACUCCUCGUUCAGCUUCUUGAGUUGCAGCUGCAGCCGGGCGUUCUCUGCUUCAGCCUGGUGGAGCUGGCCCCGGCAGGCAGACAAUACCUGGGGGUGGAGAUGGCCCUGAAUUUAUGUCCUGCAAGGUGGACCUUUGCUGAGCCAGACCUCAAAGCAGGUAGGGGUGGGCCUCACCAAGGUCUGUGCAGCCAGUUGCUGCCCAGCUGUCCUGGCCUCCUCCUGAGCUCCUUGCAGCUGCCAGCCCAGGGCUGCCCUGCAGACAUGGGUAUGAGGCUUAGCCAGGCCUAGGGCAGGUGACUCCUUCUGCCCCUUAAGAACAGCUCCUUUGCUCACUGUGCCCUGCUGGGCCCUCCUGUCCCAGGUGAGGCAGUCACUCACACACGCGUCUCCAGUGCCUGCUGCCGAGCCCUGUGCUGCUCUGGCGCCCGACUUACUUCUCCCUGCGGCUGCGGGGUACACAAGGGCUGGCUGGGUGAGAGCCCAAGCUCUGGGUCCCCUGCACUGCCCCACCUCCACCCUGGGCUGGGAGAAACUUCAACAGAUUCCCGGGCUAGGUGGCUGCACACUCACACCAUGCCCCAGCUUCUGCUGCUCGUUCUCAGCUGUCAGGAAGUCCUUGAGCUGUGCCUGCACAGAAAAGCUGGUCUCAGCCUCACUGUUCCCCUGCUGGACCCCUGUUUAGCUUCCACCCAUGCGCUCAUGGUGACCUGGAGUCUGUGGUGGUCGGAGUGUCCCUGCCCCCAGGCCUUGUGCCCAAGCUCCUGUGCCAGUGCCUGGCGGUGCCCCGGAUUAGCUUCUGCUAGGGCUGCCUGCUCUCCAUGCAGUUCUAGCUCCAGCACCCGGCUCUCCAGCCACAGGACCUGCGGGGUGACCAGGUCAUCAUCCAUCUGGGCAUCCACAGGAACACAGCACACACAGGACAGGUGGGGACUCGCAGACACUGCGUGUGCACAGUCACAUGGGGCACACCUGCACCCCUCACAGUUCUGGCACUAAGUGUGCACCCUCCCCCCAUGCUCUCAGGCUGGCACACGUAGGCACACAUCAGUGCCCACCUCACUCUUCAGCCCGAAGAUUUCAGCUUCGUGUUGCUCCUUCAGGCGAUGGGUUUUGAUCUGCAGGUCCACCAGCUCCUUGCAGACCUGUGAAUGGCCAGGAUGAGAGGUGGGGCCUGUGGGGCCCUGGGGAUGCUCUCCCUCCUGCCAGUGCCUGAGGGCCACCACACCCACCUGCAGCCGCUGCUCCUCACUCAGCUCUAGAUCUGAGGGAACCUCUGUCUCAAGAUUGGUGGCCCAGGUUGGGGUACCCCCAGGGACUCCUGGCAGCCAGGUCUCGGCCCGCGGCAGAACCUAGGGAGGCACCACCACUCAUACCCCAGGUGUGUCUCAGACCUGGGCUGUGGCCUCCACUCUCAUGAAGCCACCAGCCAUCCACCCCCACACCCUCAGCCUGGCAGAGCUGGGGCAGGCCCUCCCACAGCCAGGAUCAGGCCCAGGUCCUGGGAGGAUCUACACCCCUCCUGGUCUCUGAGGGAACAGGGAGAACCCCCGAGCCCAGAAACGCAGCGUCCUGGGAGGACUCACAUUCUUGGUGGCCCGAGGUGGGGCCCCUGGCCUGGAGCCUGGGGCUGCCACAUACUCCAUAGGCAAAAGGGACUCUGGGCUGCCCCAAGCCUGGUGCCACCUCGACUACUGGCCUGUUGCUGCAACACGGUGGUUUGUGUUGCCAAGGCCUCUGUUGUCCCCAGGAGACUCCCGGGGCCCCGCCCACGAGGGCAGGCAGGACAGUUACGUGGUUGGAGAGGUGGGUGCAAACUCUCAACUGCUUCCGUAUUUGGCGAUCCAUUCUUUCCGGUUUCCUUUUCCUCAUCUGGGAAACGCAGAUCGGCACCCCAGCAUUUAUCAGGGACGCGGAUGGAACCACGAGUGCAUAGAAGGGCCCAGCCUGGGGAGGUGUGGGACAGCGCGCAUGGUAUGGAGGUGCCGCUGCUGUUACUGUUGUCCUCACACAGCGCGCUUUGCUCUACCACGUGGGUUCGCACACUCAUUAGGCCCCUACGCUGAGCACUGGACGGGCAGGCAAACAAACUGGACAGAUCCCUGCAGCGCUCAGCCUGACGGAAGCGGGCUCAGACGUCCCAGUCCGGGUCCGGGGUACUCAGGAGGGCUGUCUCAGCCCGGUGCCAGGAGGGCUUCGCGGAGGAGGCGCCGCAGCGCCGGGCGCGACUGGCCAGACGUGCGUGCAGCUCCCUUCGGGCACGCGCGCGCUCCCUCCCGCGCACGCGUGUGCUCUGGGCACUGUGCGCCGGUUCCCGCGCGCGCAGGUUCCAGGAGGGCCCAGCGGGUCUCAGGGGCGCGGGCCGUUGGUGGCGGCCCGGGUGAGCGGCGCGCUCCGUCCAGGCCCCGUGACAGGCGCCCGAGGCCCGCCUCUGUCCGGCUGUCCUUUAGGCAGUCCUUGGGACCAGCUGGCGCAGCCCAGCUGGGCUCUGCCUAGGGUCUGGAGAGGGUAGUCCCACCCUGAGGAAGGGGCUCAGGAGGCGCGGGGUGGCUGAGCUCUGCGACCAUGAAGGUCAAAGUCAUCCCUGUGCUUGAGGACAACUAUAUGUACCUGGUCAUCGAGGAGCACACGCGGGAGGCUGUGGCCGUGGACGUGGCCGUGCCCAAAAGGGCCCGUCCCCUGCCUGGGGCACUGUGCACCCGGGCCUGGCGCCCCAACACAGGCAGCCACCUGGACCACCUGCAUCUCCCUAACUCCCAUCCCUUUCAGCUGCUGGAGAUCGUGGGCCGGGAGGGGGUAUCACUGACAACUGUGCUGACCACCCAUCACCACUGGGACCACGCCCGGGGCAACACGGAGCUGGCGAGGCUGCUGCCUGGCCUGGUGGUGCUGGGCGCAGAUGAGCGCAUCUGUGCACUGACCCGCAGGCUGGUACAUGGCGAGGAGCUGCGGUUUGGGGCCAUCCACGUGCGCUGCCUCCUGACGCCCGGCCACACCUCGGGCCACAUGAGCUACUUCCUGUGGGAAGAUGAGUGUCUGGACCCGCCCGCCGUGUUCUCGGGGGACGCAUUGUCUGUGGCCGGCUGCGGCUCACGCCUGGAGACCACAGCUCAGCAGAUGUACCACAGCUUGGUGGAGACCCUGGGCACCCUGCCCCCUGAGACAGUGAGCCGCCUGCCCCUUACCCUCUCAUGGGGCCCAGCCUCCCUACAUAACCGGUGCACUCUGCACCUGCCUUAUGCCAGGGUUCAGGAUGACUGCUUGCCAGCCGUGGGGACAGGUGGACCAGGCGGGGGGGAGGGGCUGGGCCACUGGGGUGAGUGUCUCUGCCCAUCUCUGCCUAUGGUGGUGCUGUGCACCCCAAGUGCCUUCUUUCUCCAGAAGGUGUUCUGUGGUCACGAGCACACACUGGGCAACCUCGAGUUUGCACAAAAAGUGGAGCCUUGCAACAACCAUGUGAAGGCCAAGCUAUCGUGGGCCAAGAAGAGGGAUGAGGAUGAUGUGCCCACGGUGCCCUCAACCCUGGGCGAGGAGCUCCUUUACAACCCCUUCCUGAGGGUGGCCUUGCCCAGCGGUUCCCAUCGAACCCCCUCUCCCUGCAGAGAGGAGCCUGUGCGCAAGUUCACAGGGAAGGUCGCCCCAGCUGAAGUCCUGGAAGUGCUCUGCAGGGAGCGAGCGAGCUUUGAGCGGGCAGCUGAGCCACUGCAGCCACAGGCCCAGGCACUCCUCGCGCUGCAGUGGGGGCUCCUGAGCAUGCCCCGGCCGAAGUGAGCCCUACGUGGGCUGGGCCACACACCCCUCCUCCCUUGACCCACAGGAGGAUCGAGCCUUCCUCAGCCCUGCCCAGCCUUAGAGGGUGGGCGCCCUGGCCUUUCCUGGUGUUGGACACCCGGGGCCCCUCUCUGGGCCACAGUGAGUCCCGAGACCUGGGUGUUUGCGAAGCAGCCUAGUGGGGUGCACAGGGCUCCUAAACUUGAAUAAAGCUUUGAAAGGCCUCUUUUUUGAUGCUGGUAAACACUCUUGAAGAGAAGCUGGUUUCAGAGAGAGUCCCCUUUACUAGAAGUGAGCUUUUCGGGGCCAGGCCUGGUGGGCUGAAUGCAAUCUGCCCUCCCCCUGCCCCUUAAGUGGGGGUCCAGCUGUGGACACAGGACUCAGCCAGCGAGACCACUGAGGCCUGAUAGCAAGAGUCCUUCCCACCUGGACUCAGCCCCCAAGACAGAGGUUCUCAAGCCCCAGAGACCGCAGCUUCUUCGAACACCUGGUUCUAGGUGGAGGGAGCACCCAUCCCCAGCUGGGGUCAUGGACCAGGUGCCUGUCUCCUGCCAGUGUCCUCUGCUGCCCAGCGUGGCAGGGUUCCCCAAGCUCUGCUGUGAGCUUGACCAGCCUGGCAGGUCCAGCCUAUCACCACCCUCCACAUCGCAGCUUCAGGUGACUCUAGAAAUGGGGGAUGA